AUGAUUUUGAAAUCUUUUAUACUAGGUAAUCUAGUAUCCUUAUGCAUGAAGAUAAUCAAUUCGGUCGUUGUGGUCGGACUCUAUUAUGGAUUUCUGACCACAUUCUCCACGGGGCCCUCUUAUCUCUUCCUUCUUCGAGCUCGGGUUAUAGAAGAAGGAGAAGAAGGAACUGAGAAGAAGGUAUCAGCAACAACAGGUUUUAUUACGGGACAGCUCAUGAUGUUCAUAUCGAUCUAUUAUGCGCCUCUGCAUCUAGCAUUGGGUAGACCUCAUACAAUAACUGUCCUAGCUCUACCCUAUCUUUUGUUUCAUUUCUUCUGGAACAAUCACAAACACUUUUUUGAUUAUGGAUCUACUACCAGAAAUUCAAUGCGUAAUCUUAGCAUUCAAUUUGUAUUCCUGAAUAAUCUCAUUUUUCAAUUAUUCAACCAUUUCAUUUUACCAAGUUCAAUGUUAGUCAGAUUAGUCAACAUUUAUAUGUUUCGAUGCAACAACAAGAUGUUAUUUGUAACAAGUAGUUUUGUUGGUUGGUUAAUUGGUCACAUUUUAUUCAUGAAAUGGGUUGGAUUGAUAUUAGUCUGGAUACAGCAAAAUAAUUCUAUUAGAUCGAAUGUACUUUUUCGAUCUAAUAAGUACCUUGUGUCAGAAUUGAGAAAUUCUAUGGCUCGAAUCUUUAGUAUUCUCUUAUUUAUUACCUGUGUCUACUCUUUAGGCAGAAUACCGUCACCCAUUUUUACUAAGAAACUGAAAGAAACCUCAGAAGCGGAAGAAAGGGAGGAAGAAACAGAUGUAGAAAUAGAAACAACUUCCGAAACGAAGGGGACUAAACAGGAACAAGAGGGAUCCACCGAAGAAGAUCCUUCUUCUUCCCUUUUUUCGGAAGAAAAGGAGGAUCCGGACAAAAUCGACGAAACGGAAGAGAUCCAAGUGAAUGGAAAGGAAAAAACAAAGGAUGAAUUCCAUUUUCACUUUAAAGAGACAUGCUAUAAAAAUAGACCACUUUAUGAAACUUUUUAUCUGGAUGGGAAUCAAGAAAAUUCGAAGUUAGAAAUAUUGAUAGAUAAAAAAAAUAAAGAUCUUUUCUGGUUUGAAAAACCUCUUGUAACUAUUCUUUUUGACUCUAAACGUUGGAAUCGUCCAUUUCGAUAUAUAAAAAAUGAUCAGUUUGAGAAUGCUGUAAGAAAAGAAAUGUCACAAUAUUUUUUUUAUACAUGUCGAAGUGAUGGAAAAGAAAGAAUAUCUUUUACGUAUCCACCCAGUUUGUCAACUUUUUUGGAAAUGAUACAAAGAAGGAUGUCCCUGUUUACAACAGAAAAACUCUCCUCCGAUGAAUUGUAUAAUCGUUGGAAUUAUAAGAAUGAACAAAAAAAGAAAAAUCUAAGUAAUGAAUUUAUAAAAAGAGUCCAGGCUUUAGAUAAGGGAUAUCUUGCUCUGAAUACACUCCAAAAAAGGACUAGAUUGUGUAAUGAUAAAACUAAAAAAGAGUACUUACCUAAAAUAUAUGAUCCCUUAUUGAGUGGGUCAUACCGCGGAAAAAUCCAAUUUUUUUUUUCACCCUCAAUUUUAAAUAAAACUUCCAUAAAAAAUUCUAUAGAGAUGGUUUGGAUAAAUAAAAUUCAUCUUUUUCUUCUUAUUACUAAUUAUCAAAAAUUCGAACCAAAAACAGAUGUAAAAUCAUUUUCAACAGAAAUUGCUUAUUUCUUAAACUUAAUUAAUGAAUUUGCCGGAAAAUCAAGAUCGAGUUUAAAUUUUAAGGAACUCUCUUUAUUUCCAGAUCACAAAGAAGAAAAAAUGGAUUUAGAAAAUCGAAUAAAAAUUUUCAAAUUUUUAUUUGAUACAGUUAUCGCGAAUUCAAAAAAUAAAACAAUUAGAAAUAAUUCUAUUGGAAUAAAAGAAAUAAGUAAACAAGUUCCUCGAUGGUCAUAUAAAUUAAUUGACGAUUUGGAACAACAAGAGGGAGAAAAUGAAGAAAAUGAAGAAAACAUGGCGGAAGAUCAUGAAAUUCGUUCACGAAAAGCCAAACGUGUAGUGAUUUUUACUGAUAAUCAACAAAAUACUGAGACUUAUAAUAAUACCAAAGAUACAACGAAUUCUGAUCAAAUAGACAAAGUGACUUUGAUACGUUAUUCACAACAAUCGGACUUUCGUCGAGACAUAAUAAAAGGAUCUAUGCGAGCACAAAGACGCAAAAUACCUAUAUUGGAACUGUUUCAAGCAAAUGUGCAUUCCCCCCUUUUUUUGGACAGAAUAGACAAAUCCCUUGUUUUUUCUUUUGAUAUUUCCGAACUAAUGAAAACAAUGUUUAUAAAUUGGACGUGUAAAAACGCAGAAUUCACAAUUUCGGAUUCUACUUAUACAGAGAAAAAACAAAAAGAAAGUAAAAAAAAAGAAGACGACAAAAGAGAGGAAAAAGCUCGGAUAGAAAUAGCCGAAGCCUGGGAUAGCAUUCUUUUUGCUCAAGCAAUAAGAGGGUGUGUUUUAGUAACCCAGUCGAUUCUUAGAAAAUAUAUUAUAUUAACUUUUUUAAUAAUAACUAAAAAUAUCAUUCGUAUACUACUUUUUCAAAUUCCCGAAUGGUCUGAGGAUUUUAAAGAUUGGAGUAGAGAAAUGCAUGUUAAAUGCACUUAUAAUGGAGUUCAAUUAUCCGAAAAAGAAUUUCCAAAAAACUGGUUAACAGACGGGAUUCAAAUAAAGAUCCUAUUUCCUUUUCGUCUAAAACCUUGGCACAGAUCUAAGUUAAAACUCCCUCCCAAAGAUCCAAUGAAAAAGAAAACACAAAAACGGAUUUUUGUUUUUUUAACAGUUUGGGGAAUGGAAGUUGAAUUGCCUUUUGGUUCUCCCCGAAAACGGCUUUCCCUCUUUGAACCCAUCUUUAAAAAACUCGAAAAAAAAAUUCGAAAAAUAAAAAAAAAAGGUUUUCGAGUUCUAACAAUUUUAGAAGAAAGAAGAAAAUUUUUUCUAAAAUUAUCAAAAGAAAAAAAAAUUGGGUUAUCAAAAACAUUUUUUUUCGAAAAGAAAAAAGAAAUAAUAAACAAAUUUUCAAAAUCAAAAAGAAAUGCAAAUUUAUUAUCUGGAUUUAUAAAAGUAUAUGAAUUGAAUGAAACUAAAAAAGAAAAAAAUUCAAUAAUCGAUAACAAUAAUGGAACGAUUCAAAAAUUGUCUACUCCAACUCGAUCUAUGGCUUGGACAAAUUAUUCACUAACAGAAAAAAAAAUGAAAGAUCUUUCUUCUAGAAGAAAGAUAAUCAUAAAUCAAAUAGAAAAAAUGAAAAAAGAAAAGGAAACAAAAAUUAUAACCUCAAAAAUACAUAUUAAUCCUAACAAAAUAAGUUAUAAUGUUAAAAAAUUAAAAUCAUCAAAAAAUAUUUCACAGAUACAGAUAUUAAAAAGGGGAAAUGCUCGAUUAGUGCGUAAAUUCCAUUUUUUUAUAAAAAUUUUGAUUCAAAGGAUAUACAUAGAUAUCUUUUUAAGUAUCAUUAAUAUUCCGAGGAUCAAUGCACAGCUUUUUCUUGAAUCAACAAAAAAAUUAUUACUAAAUAUGUUUGCAAUAAUGAAAAAAAAAUCACAAAAAAUUGAUAAAACAAAGCAAAAUACAAUUCACUUUCUUUCGAUUAUGAUUAUAAAAAAGUUACUUAAUAAUAGUAAUAUUGCUGUUAUUAAUAACAAUUCACAGAUUUUUUGUGAUAUAUCCUCCUUGUCACAAACAUAUGUAUUUUACAAAUUAUCACAAAUCCAAAUUAUUAAUUUAUAUAAGUUACGAUCUAUCCUUCAAUAUCAUGGCCUUUUUCUUAAGAAUGAGAUAAAGGAUUAUUUUAGAGCCCAAGGGAUAUUUAAUUCCAAAUUAAAAGAUAAAAAUUUUCAAAAUUUCGUAAUAAAUCAAUGGAAAAACUGGUUAAGGGGUCAUUAUCAAUAUAAAUAUGAUUUAACUCAGAUUAGAUGGUCUAGAUUAAUAUCACAAAAAUGGCGAAAUAGAAUCAAGCAACACCAUAUGGUUCAAAAUAAAAAAUUUAAUAAAUUCAAUUUAUAUGAAAAAGACCAAUUAAAUGAAAAAAGACCAAUUAAUUCAUUACGAAAAAAAAAUGAUAAUGAUUUUGCGGCAGAUUCAUUACCGAAUCAAAAAAAGAAUUUUCAAAAACACUGUAGAUAUAAUCUUUUAUCAUAUAAAUCCAUUAAUUAUGAAAAUAAGAAGAACUCAUAUAUUUACGGAUUCCCAUUACAAGUAAAUAAACAAGAGAUUUCUUAUAAUUACAACACAAAUAAAAGCAAAUUAUUUGACAUGUUGGAAAGUAUUCCUAUCAAUAAUUAUCUAGGGGAAGAUGAUAUUAGCGAUAUGGAGAAAAGCCCGACUAGAAAAUAUUUGGAUUGGAGAAUUCUCGAUUUUUGUCUUAGAAAAAAGGUCGAUAUUGAGUCCUGGAUUGAUAUCGGAAGCAAAGAAAAAAAAAAUACUAAGACUAGGACUAAUAAGUAUCAAAUAAUUGAUAAAAUCGAUAAGAAAAAUCUUCUUUUUCUUACAAUUCACCAAGAUCAAGAAGUCAAUUCAUCCAAUCAAAAAAAAAACCUUUUUGAUUGGCUGGGAAUGAAUGAAGAAAUACAAAAUCGUCUCAUAUCCAAUUUUGAACUUUGGUUCUUUCGAAAAUUUGUGAUACUUUAUAACACAUAUAAGAUAAAACCAUGGGCAAUACCCAUCCAAUUUCUUCUUUUCAAUUUUCAUAGAAAUGAAAAUGUUAGUAAAAAUACUAAAAUCAACGAGAAGAAAAACGGCGAUCUUUUUAUAUCAUCGAAUGAAAAAAAAUUCAUUGAAUUAGAGAAUCGAAAUCACGAAGAAAAAGAAUCCAAAGACAAAAUGGACUUUGGAUCAGUUUUCGCAAAUCAAGAAAAAAAUAUUGAAGAAGAUUAUAUGGGAUUAGAUAUGAAAAAACAUAGAAAUAAAAAACAAAACAAAAGUCAUACGGAAGUAGAGCUUGAUUUCUUCCUAAAACGGUAUUUAUGUUUUCAAUUAAGAUGGAAUGAUUCUUUAAAUGAAAAAAUAAUCAAUAAUAUCAAAGUAUAUUGUCUCCUGCUUAGACUGACAAAUCCACGAGAAAUUCUUAUAUCUUCUAUUCAAAGACAAGAAAUAAGUCUGAAUAUUCUGAUGGUUCAGAAGGAUUUAACUCUUACUGAAUUGAUGAAAAAGGGAAUAUUUAUUAUCGAACCUGUUCGUUUGUCAGUAAAAAAUAAUGGACAAUUUCUUUUGUAUCAAACGGUAGGUAUCUUAUUAGUUCAUAAGAACAAACAACAAAUUAAUCAAAAAUACAGAGAAAAAAUCUAUAUUGAUAAAAAGAAUUUUACCGAACCUAUUGAAAGACAUCAAAGUCUAAUUGGCAAUAGAGACAAAAAUGAUUAUGAUUUACUUGUUCCUGAAAAUAUUUUAUUCCCUAAACGUCGUAGAGAAUUAAGAAUUCUAACUUCUUUCAAUUUUAAAAACCAAAAUGAUAUUCAUAAAAAUGAUAUUCAUAUAAAUACAGAAAUUUUCAACGUUAAUAAAAUAAAAAACUGUGGUCCUAUUUUGGAUAAAAGUAAACAUUUUGAUAGAGAUAAAAAUAAACUAAUUAAAUUCAAAUUUUUUCUUUGGCCCCAUUUUCGAUUAGAAGAUUUAGCUUGUAUGAAUCGCUAUUGGUUUGAUACUAAUAAUGCCAGUUGCUUCAGUAUGGUAAGAAUAUAUAUAUAUCCACGGGCGCAAUUUUAG